GCGCUGCACGGCGCCCUCCUGCACGGCCCGCUCACAGCAGACCUGGAGAUGCAGAUUAUUCGGUGGAUUUCUGAUAACCUGUCAACAUGUCAUUCUUUUGACCCCAUCCAAGAGUUUAUCAUUGCCUCUCUGUACUGCAGAUUAUGUGCAGAAACUCCCAAUCUGGAUAAACUUUUGCCCUACACGUCACUGCUUGACUGGAUUGGGAUUAUCCCUGGAGUAACAUGUUCAACAGACAUAAUUUCUCUACCUGUGUUAGAGUUUCAAAACUCCACAGGCUUCUGGGAGAAACUCAACUCAAACUUGGAGAGUGUGAAGUAUGCAGAGCCACACUUGCAUUACCACAGCAAUGUGCUCAGGAGGGAGUGGCAUAACCUUUCAGAAGAGAGAGAGGAGAGAAGAACCACAGCAUAUUUGAGGAGUAUUUUUGAAAAUGCCCAAAAGGUGCUUUUACAUUUGGACACUUGGGACUCUGAGGAAAGGCUAGCACCUCUCUUUCAAGAGGAGGAUUAUCAGCAGCAAUUGCUAAUGGGACUGAUGGUUGCUCAGUUAAAGGAUCACCUUAUGAGACAUCUACAGUAUGUAGGAAAAAAGAAGAUUGAUGAAAUAGUUUUGGAUUAUGUUGCAAACCUGCUGAACCUAGUACAUCGAAUAAUGAAAGAAGUUUGGAGGAGAUACCAGCUUCAUUCUUGCAUCUUCUGCUUCAAUGAGAGAGGAAGCGCAGAGGAGUUCACCGUGUUCCACAUCAUGAGUCGGAUUCUGGAAGCUGCCAAUGGCCUGUGCAUGCCUUUGCCUCCCGGUUUUCACACCCUGCACUUGGGGCUUGGUAUUCGAUGCCUCCCUCUGCACACCCUCCUGCACUAUAUUGAUACUGGAGUCCUGCGUCUGACAGAAACUUGUGUCAGCAAACUGCUGAAAGACCUGGAUGACACUGAGAAAAAUGAAAAGCUGAAGCUCAGUAUUAUCAUGAGGCUUCCCGAGGCUCUUGGUCAAAAGCUCUGCCAGUUUUGGAAUCAUCCGAUAAAUGCUAAUUUCAUUGCACGGAAAUACGUAAAAUUCCUGCUCGAGAAGCUGGGGAACAGGCAGUGUACCAGGCCUAUCCCUGAGAGACUCUCAGUCCCUGUAGAGUUUUUGCCACUUAACUACCUGAUUAAUAUGCUGGCAGAAAUAGAGGAUCAAGGUGUGCAUCCAUAUGAAAACCAAGACCACGUUAACGUACGAUUUGUAGAGGAAACGGCACUCAAACACACUAUGGCACGUCUGGGGCUCAAAUAUUCCUGA